GUCAAAGGCAGGACAUUGGAAAAUUUUAGGCAGGGAUAAGGUGGGACAUUGUAAGAUUGAAUUAAGUGGUCUCUUUGUAUCUGUCUGGAGCAUAAACACUCAGGAGCCGUAGAGGCUAUCCAUAACCCAUUCACUUUACAGUAUUGUUCUGUUUACUCUUUUUCCUGUCGUAUACGAAGAAAGUAACCAAAUGUACCUGAAUCUGCUGUUAGCCCUGUUUGAUCUCCUAGAACUUAAGUUCUCUCUGACUGAUAUAACAGGCAUUUUUAUUAAACGACGCCGAACCUGCUGUGGACACGAAACAUAACGACCUCCAGCUGUGCAUUUGCGGCUCAGUGAACACGUUUGUGCUCAGUAUGUAGCAAACAGUCUUAUGUCAGAGGGUGUCGUUGUUACGAGCAGCGCUAGGUGGCACUGAUAGCUGAUCCCUGUUGACCCAUUCUAUGGCAAAAGCAGUAGAGAAGAGAGGAGGAGUUCCCACAGGGAAUUAAUAGAACUGAAGAUUAAUUACCUGGGGAAGGCUGGUUUUCAGACUUCAGGUGGUCAGCGUUAGACAGUUGGUUAGACAAAGGGCAGUUUGAGGAUCAGUUCUAUAAUCCCGGAUGGACUCACCAGCUUCCCUAUAGGCCAGACUACUCAGUAGCCCACCGUCCACCAUGUUCGGCAAGCUCAAAGCACUGUUCUCAGUGCCCGGGCCAACCCCAAAACCAGCUGCCACUGAUACCUCUGUUCCAGCCCCCUCACCAGCAUCUGCCCCUCCAGCCAAGGAAGAACAUAAGCCUUCGGAGAAAAAGGAUGAGGAGAAGAAGGAAGAUUCUAAACCUGCAGAGCCUGCCCCAGCGCCUUCUACAGGCCCAACACCUGCCCCAGCUCCUUCUACAAGCCCAACACCGGCCCCAGCCCCUUCUACAGGCCCAACACCUGCCCCAGCUCCUUCUACAGGCCCAACACCUGCCCCAGCUCCUUCUGCAGCCCAGGCACCUGCCCCAGCUCCUUCUGCAGCCCAGGCACCUGCCCCAGCUCCUUCUGCAGCCCAGGCACCUACAGCAGGGGAUAAACCCGCUGAGGGAGCUGAAGGUAAAGGCCAGGCCCCCCCGUCACCUCCCCCAGUGGUGUAUAGCAGAUGCGUAGAUGACUCACUCCGGGAGGUGGUUAAGAAGUUAAGAGAACGGACAAAUAUGUACAAAGAGAGGGCCAUUGACCCCUAUGCAACCUCGCCUGAAAUCAGCCCCCCUGUCACACCGGUCUUGCGGAAGCCGGACUACCUGAGAAAGAAAGAAGAAGAGAGGAUAAAAGCAGAGGAGGAGGCCAUAAAAAAAGCAGAAGCGGACGCGAUAAAGGCAGUUGAAAUGGCAAAGAAAAAGGAGGAAAAGGCGAAGGCAGACGCAGAGAAGAAGGAGGCUGAGCGACUAAAGAAAGAGGAGGAGGCGAAGGCCGCCAGGGACGCAGCUUGCUGUCCAAUGAUCAGCUUCUCUUUCAUAGACACUAUCCUCAGCCCAAUAGAAGACGCCAUGGACUCAGUCCUGGGCAACACCAUAGACCCAUUCACAGAUCGCAGGUAUAUUGCUUGGUUAACAGUUGUGAGCGUGGCGUUUAACUACAACAUUUGGUUCACGCCGGUUCGACUGGUCUUCCCCAUCCACACACCAGUGACCAUUCCUUUCUGGAUAAUUGUUGACAUUAUUGUUGAUAUUGUCAAUGUCAUUGAUGUAGUUCUCUGGCAACCUCGACUGCAGUUUGUAAAAGGAGGAGACAUCAUUAAAGAAAGGAGUUUGACAAAGCCACAUUAUCGUGAGACGGCAAGGUUUCGUAUGGAUAUGAUCAGCAUCAUCCCAUUUGAUCUGCUCGGUGUCCUGUUUGGAUUCUCUGCUGUGUUCAGGCUCAACCGUCUACUACGGAUUGAAAGCUUUUUCGAGUUCAGCGAUCGACUUGAGAGUAUUAUGGCCAAAGCUUACAUCUGGAGAGUUGGGCGCACCACUGGCUACUUGCUGUUCAUGCUCCAUCUAAACGCUUGUUUCUACUACAUGGCAUCAGAGUACCUGGGCAUCAACUCCAGUAAAUGGGUCUACAAUGGACAGGGAACCGCGUACCUGCGCUGUUACUACUUUGCUGUUCGUAGUCUGAUCAACAUCGGGGGUCUUCCAGAGCCCGGAUCUGUAUUUGAGAUCUGUUUCCAGAUGACCAACUUCUUCGUUGGUGUCUUUGUGUUCUCCAGUUUGAUUGGACAGAUGAGAGAUGUCAUUGGGGCGGCCACACAGGGUCAGACGUAUUUCCGGGCCUCCAUGGAUGGCUGUGUGGCAUAUAUGAACAUGUUCUACAUUCCUGACUUGGUGCAGAACCGAGUACGCACCUGGUACAACUACACCUGGGAUGCCCAGGGAAUGCUGGAUGAGUCGGAGCUUCUGGAAACAAUGCCACUUGUAAUGAGAACCGCCAUUGGUGUGGACAUUAACUUUGCUACUUUUGAUAAAAUUGCGCUUUUUCAGGGCUGUGAUAAGCAGAUGUUGGUGGACAUGUUGCUGAGGCUUAAGUCCAUUAUAUAUCUACCUGGGGACUUUGUGGUGAAGAAGGGUGACAUUGGUAAAGAGAUGUACAUCAUAAAAGGUGGAGAGGUGCAAGUGGUAGGAGGACCUGACAACUCCAUUGUGUUUGUGACACUGAAGGCUGGCUGUGUGUUUGGAGAGAUCAGCCUGCUGCAGUCUGCCAAAGAUGGUGGGAACCGACGUACAGCUAAUGUAAAAGCUCAUGGCUUCGUCAACCUUUUUGUCCUGGAUAAAAAAGACCUGGUCGAAAUCUUAGUCCACUACCCAAAUUCCCAGAAAGUGCUUGCAAAGAAAGGAAGGAAACUGAUGAAGGCCAAAGGUCCAGCUGCUGCUAAGGCUGAAGAAGACAAGAAGAAAGGACUGGCGCUGUUCGGACCCAAACCCCCCACUCCAAAAUUGGCAAGAGUCUUUGGAGGCUUUGGCAAAGGAGGCUUCUUGGAGAAACUCAAGGCGGCCCAAGCUAAGGAAAAUACUGGGAAUAAAUAAUGGAGUUGGUGAGACCAUCUGACCCGUAACUAGGAUCCACCAUUUUUGUUUAAUGCACUGUAUACCGAACCACUAUUGCACUGGGAUCUAUUCAUUAAUGCACACAGUACCACCAUGUUUCUUCUAGCAAUAUAACAUCGCAUAUAGGACAAAUGUUUUGAGGGUCCAUUCAUGUUUGGUCCCCUUUAAUUCCUAGUGAAUUUAUAUUCCCCUUCUGAUGAUUUUCUCAGGGUCAACCAGAUCAUUUUGUAUUUGUUUGGGAAAAAAACUAAAAAUAUAAAACAUCUACAAUAGUAA